AUGGCUACUUCCACCUCCAUCUGUGGGAAAUGGUUCGCCGGAUCUGGAAAAUAUAAGGCCGGAUCUCAUCCUUCUCCUGGAAUCUAUCCCCCCACCACCACCAGUCGGCUAUAUUUGCCGGUGACCCGACAGAUGACCGCGAUUUCGCUACAAAGUUCAUCUUAUCCGUCUCCCCGGCAGCAACAGCCGCCCGCCAGCAGAAAAGUGGUACGGCUGGCAGGCUGUGCUGAAAUCGACUCGUUUCCCGGCGAGGACUUCGUAUUGAGGGGAUAUUCUCACGGCUGGAAAGCUCUGUUCAACCCGGACAGCCUCGACAUGUUCCUGUACAACCCCGUCUCUGGCCGCCGCAUAAAGCUUCCCUCGAUCAAGCAGAGAGACCUGCCGCUUCACCCCUCCAAUAACUCUGCUAGUUACAUGAGCGAGAGCGUCGACAAGUGUAUCCUCUCAUGCUCACCAGACGAGGACGAGGAAAACUGCCGGGCCGUGAUAAUCUUCAACUCCAUUGGGGCACUGGCCUUUUGCUGCCCGGGACGCAGCGUGGUGUGGACCCCACUCGGUGAGAAGGAUAUGUUCCUGUGGUGGGACGAGGUGGCCGGCCGCCGGUGGAGGUGGUCGGGCUGCUACGAGGACUGCGUGUACUCGCCGGAGCACAAACUGUUGUUCGCGCUCACUACCAGCGGGCAGCUGAGCUCGUGGGACCUGCGGGACCCGGAGGACCCGGAGAAGAGGGAGCUGGCUGAGCUGGACAGCGGCAGGCAUGAUCGGUCUUUCGAUAAGUUCAAGUUUUACGAUGGGUGGUGUGAGCGUAGGCCGGAUGAUCUUCCGGCAGAGCAUCUGGCGAUAGUUGGUCGGGACGUGCUUGUGGUGACUCAGCAUGUGGCUGCUGCUGGUGGUGGAUUCGACGUACAUAGGUAUGAUCCGGAGGAAGAAGGUGGAUUUAAGCGUUCGGGCGUCGGUGCUUGGGCUCUCUUCAUCGGCUUCCAGAGUAAUGCUUUUGCUUUGCCUGUGGCAAAUUUUCCUGGGCUCAAGUCCAAUUCAAUUUACUUCACUGAUAACAGCACUCAAGUUGUCCACAUUUUCGAUUAUGAAGAAAAGACUGUGUCACGGAGCUGUUAUCCAUCUAAUGUUGAGGACCUUGAAAGGAUUGUGAAAUAA